AUGGCAAAUCUAAGGCAAACUCCUUUAACGUGUAGUGGCCAUACAAGACCUGUAGUUCAUUUAGAUUUCAGCGACGUUACAGAUAGUGGAUAUUACUUGAUUUCAGCAUGUAAAGGUAAGACAUGUCACAUCAUUAUAACAUCCAAAGUAGUUCAGUGGCGCAGAAUAGACAUUAGACAAGGAAAGAUUUAUCGGCUCUCUCUAUAUUUCAAUGCGGCUACGUUGGUAGCACUGAAGAGAAAGAUGGAAGAGGUAGAAAAGAGCUUGAUGAUUUCAGAUGGCAAACCUAUGCUGCGGCAGGGCGACACUGGUGACUGGAUAGGAACAUUUGAGGGCCACAAGGGGGCAGUAUGGGGCGUCGCUUUGGAUGCGGGGGCCACACGUGCCGCCAGUGGUGCAGCUGAUUUCACUGGCAAGGUGUGGGAUGCUGUGAGUGGUGAGGAGCUGCGCUCUUUCCAGCAUGGCCACAUCGUGAAAAGCGUUCAGUUCUCCAAAGACUCCCGCCUUCUGGCCACCGGCAGUAACGAGAAACUCGUCAGAGUUUUCGAUCUCAACAAGCCAGAUGCCAGUCCAGAAGUCUUCAGCGGCCAUACAGCUGGAAUUCGUCAUGUUUUGUUCUUCAGAAAUGAUACCCAUCUGGUUUCUUGUGCUGAUGAUAAAUCAUUGAGAGUAUGGGAUAGAUCUACUAGAACAGAGAUACAAAGGAUUGACUUCAGUGCAAACCCUAACAGCUUGGAGGUGUCCAAAGAUGGAUCUGUCCUUACAGUAGCUAAUUCCACCCACGUCACUUUUCUCGAUGCUGAAACCCUAACCAAAAUCCGAGAAUUUUCUUUACCCACCACCGUGAAUUCCGCCUCCCUCCACCCUGACAAGAGCAUAUUUGUAGCGGGAGGAGACGAUCUUAAGGUUUACAAGUUUGACUACACCACAGGGACAGAAAUCGAGUCCUUCAAAGGUCACUUUGGCCCCUUGCACUGUGUGAAGUUCUCUCCAGAUGGUGAGUUGUACGCUUCCGGAUCAGAAGACGGCACUCUCAGACUAUGGCAAACUACUGUCGGCAAGACGUAUGGCUUGUGGAAGUGCGUUGACGCCCAAAUAAUGAAUGAUCCAUUGUCUCCUCCUAAGGAAGUCCAGGCUAACUGAUUGAUAUUUGGCGGCUGUGAUGAGUGCUUGAAGAGCGGGUUGCUUCAAAUUGUCAAAACUUAUUCAGAAUUUUGCUACUAUAUACUCUUUAUUAAAUAUUUAAUAUUUAUUUAUUUAUUUAUUUAGUGAACUAAAAGUUGAUCAUAAUAAAUUUUCCAUGUGUAAUGCAUUGUUUUGCAUCUACUCAAUGCAACGUUUUAAUAUUGAUGUAGGUACAAAAAAGGACGCUACUCAAAAUAACCAACAUUUGCUUGGAACAACUUGAACUGAAACAAUUAAUGAGGUAGUUAUGCCGAUUUAUUAUAUUUGAUUCAGCUAUUUUUUAGGAAUAAAUUUACCUCUGGAAUGAUUUCAUAAUUUGAAAAUAUGUCAUCGAAAAAUUGAAAUUUCACUUUUGGGGUUUUCAAAACAUUUUUAUCAUUAUGUGAAACGAGAUAGGUGAAAGAUUUUCCAUUUGUGACCUCAUGUUAAAUAAAUUAUUUAUGAUAUAAAUGAUGUGACCCAAAUUCCCAAUUGAUUAUA